AUGAAAACCAUAGGCAGCAUUCUGCAGCCUAUUAGCGAUCAAUCUCCUCCGGUCCAAAAGAAGCUCAAGGAGCGGCUUCUGGGGAAAUCGCCUGCACGACACUUCAAUGGCGAGCCAUUCGCAUGCCCUAGCCUUGACCCAUACUUCAAAUACUACGCUGAGCAAUGCAGCCUCGCUUUAUUUGAUGGAGCUACUUCGUCCACGACGCACCAGGAUGUGCUUGACAUGAUUGACCUUCUCAGAACCCCGAUUACCAGGGAGGAGUUAAAACAGAGGAUCUGUCGGCAUCCUAGUUCGUCAAAUGCGACGACGGACCAGGACCCUCUAAUCCAUCUGGCUGCCCGCUCCAUUCUCAUGAUUAACUUGGGUGACUUUCGUGGAACAAUCGCAAAUCGUAGCCAGUUGACAUGGGAAGAUGGCUGUUUGAAGAGCUGUGUGCAGAAACAUUUCCAUCAACCAGCUCUGAGGAGUUACGACUCCGUCAAGCUAGAGAAGUCGUUCACAGCACGAAACCUUAGCUCCAUCGGAGGCCUCAGGGUCAGUUUCACUAGUAACUUGGCCGACCAUCUCCGGCUCACUCACGAUGACCAAGUGGUAGAGAUCUUUCAUCAGGUCUCAUUCCUCGAGUAUCAACGCGGUAGCUCCCUCUAUCCGGACGGACUGGUAGACGAAACCUUUCGUACGCUAGCACUUUUAUUCCCUCAGUCAGACUGGUCAAUGAGACGAUGGCUCAGAAAGACCUGCUCUUCACAGAAUGCUGUCGUCGAUGAAAGGGUCUUGAGAUGUGGCUGGUGCCGCACAGAAGACCGCCAGAUUCAGAACUUCCAUUUCUGGCACGACCGUUUGGUGAUGCUGAAACAGCUGUAUGAUGAGGCGCGGCCAGGGACAGUCUCGCAAUGGUGGCACGACCGUAGAAAUGGCGUGCAGUGGUAUACCUUCUGGGUAGCGGUGUUGGUUCUCCUGUUGACUGUUUUCUUUGGGCUGGUGCAGUCGAUCGAGGGCGCGCUGCAGGUGUACAAGGCAUAUCACCCAACGAAGACAUGA